GCUCUUUUCCCCGCCAUGGCGUUUUUGCCGCUCUUGUUGCUGGUUCCGGCCCUACUCAGUUUCCUUUUCACCUUUGCGACCGGCGUGGAGUUGAUCCGCUUCAUUUCCCUCCGUGCGCUGUUCGUGCAGCAGUCUACGGGGGCUGGCGCCCCCCAACACAGAGCCGAUGCUGCCCCCAGUUACGAAUGGCGAGCUCUCGUGGGGGACCCCAAGGUUCUCCACCCGCUAAUGAUGGAUAUGGGUCUGAUAGUCCUCUUCAUCCUGCAGCACAGUCUUAUGGCCACUGAGCGGGUCAAGCGCUGGACCGGCAGCUGCUUUGGGGUCCUGCAGAGAUCUUUGUAUGUCUUCUGCACAGCCUUGGCCCUCCAGUUGCUGAUAAGGUAUUGGCAGCCAGUACAAAAUGGUCCCACUCUCUGGAAUGCCCACACGGAACCCUGGGACACCUGGAUUCCACUCAUCUGCUUCAUCCUCCAUUUCAUUGCCUGGCUGGUCAUCUUUAGCAUCAUUCUCAUCUUUGACUAUGCAGAGCUGAUGGGGAUCAAACAGGUUUAUUACCAUUGCCUGGGCAUGGGGGACCCUUUGGCAGUGAAGUCCUCACGUGCCGUCCGCCUCUUCUCCCAUCUUCGCCACCCCGUGUACCUGGAGUUCCUUCUCCUCCUCUGGGUCGUUCCCUGCCUCUCUCUGGACCGCCUGCUCCUUGCCUUGCUCUUCACAGCCUACCUUACUUGUGCCCACAGCCUCGAUCAACAAGACUACCUCUACCUCCGAGCCCAGCUUGACAAGAAGUUUCAGAUCUUCUCCCGAGAAGAAGCAACCUAUGGUGACCUGCUGGCCCAAAAUGGCCCCUCAUCUCACAAGGAGAACUGAGAAAGUGUCCCAGUAUGGUGGCAGUUAUGGUAUGUCAGGCCACGGCAGGCUGGUGCCCUGCUCUCCCUCAUGCUAAAGCACUGAAUGACGCAAUGUGUUCUGUCUCCCUUUUCUCUUUAUGCACUGAAGCUUGAGUGGCUUACCAGAAGAACCCAGGAGUUCUGGCUUCCAGCAAUGCUACCUGUUACAGCACAUACACAGAGUUGCAGCUCAUGUCAGAGUCCUUUAUAGGGAAAGUAGAAUGCAGGAUAUCUGAAUUCUCUUCCAAGUCUGGGGGAGGAAUAGUAUGUAGAGUGUCAAAAUUAUGUGUUCGCACUGCAAAGUUUGUCACCAGCUCUGGGGGAAAGAGUAGGAUUUAGCUGAUAUAGCUGAUGGGAUCGUGAGUACAGUUGCCAGUAUUUUUUCUGGAAGGCUCCUACAUCUUUAACAGCUGUAUGGCAGUCCAGAAUUGUCCAGGCAACAUGUUUCCCAUCCUUAGAUUUCUGCCUGUCACAGAUGUUAAGGCACAGGAGUUCUGCCGAUAUAAAAGCUGGAAACCCUAGACCAGUGUUUUCCAGUUCUGUGGUUUUACGGUUUGGCCUAUGAGAAUGUGGCUAAAUUCAUUUUUUUUUUAAAAAAGAAACCCCUUUGCAGCAGCAAUUGUGCAGAAAGGACUUUUAAAGCAUAAUGUUUUAACUUUAAUACUGGGCAAGAAUUGUUCUGAAAUUAAAGGAGUCCGGAGAACUUGUUGAGAUGCAGGUGAGAUUUUUUUCUCUUCUUUAUUCCUUUGGGACAAAAGCUUAAAGGCAAUGUUUAAUCUUUUGUCCACCUGCUUGUUUUCCUUCAAGACUUCAUUCUUUGCCCUGUACCAUUAGCACCCUUGAUGCCGAGAAUGGCUUCCAAAGGGCAAAUGUCCCAGUUCUGUCCAGACUAGGGAUGUCUUUUAAGCCCUACUUGUGAGAAUGAUUGAGCAAUUUUUUUAACUCUUCCCCCAAAUAAUUGGAAACUUGCAUUGAUUUCUGUAAGCUUUAGAUCAAUUUUAAAGGGACUUUUUUUUGUUCCCUUAUUGUGUAGGUCAAUUGUAUGCAAUUAUAGGCUUUUAACAUUGGAAGUCAGAAUUCCUUGGUUGGACUCUCAGAUCUAGGGGCAUAAGGGCUGCCGCUGUCCAUUUGGCAAGCAGAACUCCAAAAUGGGAGAAUGCUUUCUAGUUGUAGAGUGCCUGCUUCCUGUUCAACGGGUCUUAUUUCUUUGAUGGGGGUUACACCACCCUAGAAGAUGUAGGGGGAGGCUAGGAAUCCAGCAUUUCUACAUUUUAUAAUGGGAUUUGUGGGUAAGGUUAUUAGGUCCAGCUCUUAUGGGAUGCCCUGUAUCUCCCGAGAGAGAAUUCUGCCAUAUUCAAGCAUCACUGCAAGCACUCCGAGUGGAAACAUCUGCCCCUAGUGUCAUGCUCUCUUCUGGACAACUUUUCUGCACGCUUGUAAGAUCUCAGCUUGACAACUGUUAACGUGGAUGCACUGGUAUUGAAUAAGGAACCUGGACUUAAUUUUGUAACCCAAUGUGUUAACACACAGCAAUUUGCCUUGAAUGCUCACCUUUUUUUUUCUUUUUGCGAUUUUGAUACAUGCUGAUGGAGUAUUUUUUAAAUCUUGGAUGUGAGAAAAUUAUUUUUAAAGUAGACUACAACAAUGCCUGCUUCUCUUCUCUCUCUGUUUUCUUCUGCUCUGUCAUAUGGUCGAGAGUGCCAGUAUCUAUUGCUGUUAGUCACAUCUCUUAAAACAUGGAGGAGGGGCAGCUGGGAUCUGAUUUUGAUCAAGAUACAAAGAACAUAAAAAGAGCCCUGCCUCAUCAGACAAGUGAUCCGUUUAGUCCCACAUCCUAUUUCACACAGCUGUCGACCAGUUAUUCCAGCGGGUCAACAGGGCACUGAGACCUUGGUUUUCUCCUGAGGUUGCCAGUUAGCAUGGGUAAUCAGGGGUUUACUGUCUCUGGAUGCAGAGGUGCCCU